AUGUUCGGCAUGGGCUGCUUCUGGUGCUCCGAGAACAUCUUCAUGAGGAUGCCGGGCGUGUACUCCACGCAAGUGGGCUAUGCUGGCGGUGCCAUAGAAAAUCCAACCUAUGGUGAUGUAUGUACGGGCGCGACCAAUCACAAUGAAGUUGUUCGAGUAGUCUAUGACCCAGAGAAGGUUUCGUACGCUGAGCUAUUGCAGAAGUUUUGGGAGAAACAUGACCCGACUACGCUGAAUCAGCAGGGGAAUGAUUUCGGUACGCAAUACCGAUCAGGCAUCUAUUACUACACAGAGGAGCAGAAACAGCUGGCCGAAGAGACGAAAGCUCGAUAUGAGCAGGCCAUUCAAAAGGCGGGAGCGGCCUGGGGUCGUGGAAUCUCUACCGAGAUAGUACCUGCGCCGACCUUUUACUAUGCUGAGAAAUACCACCAGCAGUAUGACGCGAAGCCUGGCAAUCGGGACUACUGUGGCUUGCGGCCAUUGGGCGUUCAGCUUGACAUCAGUGGCCUUGAGACGGAGAAGGUCGACUCCGUCGAUGCAUGA